AUGGACGGCACGGCGGGCGUCGCCAGCGGCGGCGGUGACGACGGCAGCUGCUCCGACCCCGAGGGAGUCGGCUACCACCCUUCGACACCUCGCCCCACCGCAAAUCCCAAGUACGUGUGCUUGCGAAGCCUCGUAGGCGCUACGUCGAGCAGUUCGAACGCGUCGCGUGAGGCCAUGGCGCCGAUCGCGCGGAAGGUGCUCGACGCCGGGGCGCGGCUCUGGGUGCCAGUCGCGAGCGACGGCAGCAGCAGUUCCGACACCGACGGAGGCGCGGGCUCCCCAUCCAGCCCCGCGUCAACUCUGCGCAAGCCUCUGCUCAGGGGUCCCAGGCCAGGCGCCAUGGGCUCCACGGCAGCUGCAGGGAUGCCGGGCUCCAAAUCCAGGCCGGGGACUGAGCUAGCAGUCACCACAAAUAGAGACAAAAAGGAUUCGGAAUAUGAGAAGAGACAAAAGACACUGGAUAUCAUUACUGAAGAUGGAGAAAACAAAGACCCCGAGGAUCAGAAAAGACAAAAGGUGGUUGCAGAGAUAUCAAACAAUGUGAAAGACAUAUCUGUGCAAUCAAGAGAGAUUGCCGACUGUUUGAAGUGUUUAUCUUCACAUGUUAAUCAGGAACUGGUCAUGGUAAGGGAUAGUAGAGAGAAAGAAUACAUGGAAGAUCAAGAGAGGCAAAAGGUUGUCGAACAGAUAUCAAGUGACAUGAAAGAUUUUGCUGCAACAUCUUGGGUCAUUGCUGAGCAUUUAGAGAGUUUAUCUUCAUGUGCUGAUGAGAUCCUCCAGAUAAAAAUUGAAGAGCGAGAGAAAAGGGAAACAGAAGAGAAGAGUCAGAAGGAGGCUGCUAAUUAUCUAAAGGAGUGUCAAAGCAUGUUGAGUGAUUUCGUAUUUUUCAUGCUGGCGUUUGUACCAUGGAUAUUGCACAAAAGUGAAGAAACACCUUCUCCAGAGUACUACUGCCUUACCUUCUCUGUUGGUGGAUUGGCUCUAUUUGGCAUGGGUGGUUAUGUGUUAUCACAUUUGGCACGUCGAAGUAAAUGGAUUAAGGCUGUGUACUGGAUCACUGGUAUAGCUGUCAUGGCUACAGUUCUGUUGGUGGUUUAUGUGUUGUUCGAAUUAAUCCCAUCAAGCUUUAAGCACAUGACGGCCAUAUUCUGGGUGUACUUAUGUUUGUAUCUGGGUGUCGGCGUGUUGCUGCUAGUGGCCUGGAUUCGUAACUUCUAUCAAGCCUAGACUUUUAUUAUCCGAAGAUGGAUCCAUGUUGAUAAUCUGUAUGUCGAAUACAAGUGAUGUAAGAUGUUUGCUGCACAUAUUUUAUUUUGAAGUGACCAUGCCAGGGCAAGAUGAUCUAUUUUGCUGACAAUAUCUGCUAGAUGUGAACUUUGGGGCGAGAAUACCACUCAUUGCAGAUACUGAAACUACACACCAUUGACCUGAUACCGCUGCUGAUGAUCUGUACAAGUGUGAGCAAGCUAGGGA